AAAAGAAAUAAAAAUACAAAUAACUAAACACAACAUUCGUUUGAAAUUAUAAUUAAAUAAACAAAAAAAAAAACAUUUAAUUAUUUACAUUCGUUUAGGGAAUUCAAACCGCCAACUUAUAAUAAAUAUUAAACAAAUAAAAUGUCACAAGGAGCAACAACAAUUGAUCAGGCCGGUGGAGAUCACCAUGUGCACUUUGAUGUCGCCACCUUGAAAGAUGAUUUCGAAUCGGACAGUUGUGUAACGUAUCAACGUUCGGGCGACACAAUAGUUGUAAGUCUGGGCUUUCUGCAAGUCAAUCACCGAUACAUGAUUGACCUAAAACUACCCACUAAUUUAUUCAGCGACAUGGGCAGCAGCCUGAAUCAAUUUCAACCGGAUGUCACAACAGUUCCUAAUCUACAUUGUCGUAUUACCGAAUUCACCGGCUUCAAACAUGACGAACAUGAUUUCUACGAAAUGAAAAUCGAAUUUUUCGCCUACAAAGAGAAACUAUUGCGCGAAACACUGCACAUUGUGAAUUCGAACAAUGACAAAGAAGUGCUUAAGCUGGUCAUAGCUGCUCGAGUGCUGGGCAAAGGCAAGGGCACACCCAUGCUACGUAAUGGCAUACACUGUAUAGGCAUGGAAAAGGAUGAAGAAUCGGAGGCCUCGGAUUUUUCUGGCUUUGGCCAGGGUUCAUAAAUUGGUGGGGGGGCGUAGCAAAGUAGAGGAGGUACAGAGCGGAGCAGUGCAGUGCAGACUAUAUUUAGUGAAAUAAAGCAAUUAAUUUUAAUUGUUGAAAUUUAAAAUUAAUAUUUUCUUUUUCUAUAUAAGAUAGUAAUUCAAAUUUUAUUUAAUUUUUUGUUUGACUAGUUCUUAAGGAAAUCUUCUAAGUGGCAUUUUAUUUAAAUACAAAAAAGAAAUACUUUAAAAAACAAACACAAAUCAAUACAAUAUCUACCUUAGAAUCUGACUUUUCUCAAAUACAAUAUAAAACAAAAAAAAAAAAACGAAAAAGAAACAAGAAUUGUUAUGUCUGAAACUAUUAGGAAAAUCUUCACAGUACUUAAUGAUUAAGUACGAAUUUUAUAAUUAACUCAUGUUCAUUUACAUUUAGAUAACAGAGAUUGAAAAGAAUUAAUUUAAAAAAAAACAAA